UAUGUGGGGAACAAGGAGAUGGAGGCCCCAAUCAGUGCUUCCCAGGGAGCCAUGAGGUCCCUUCCUGGUAAGCUGGAUUCGUUGCUAUCGGGACUCAAGCACAACCUGCGGCCAGAGGAGAAGAACAAGCUCCGCAUCCUCCAAGGUGAUCUCCAGGGACUAAUAGACAACUACCUGUUGGAGCCAUCAGAGGUGGAGUUCCCUGCUUCGACGGCCAGCUUCUGGAUGAAAGAUGUGCGCGACUUGUCAUACGACAUCGAUGACUUCCUCCACGAGCUCGCCCAAGCCGGCACUAGCGGUUCUAGGAUCAGCGUCCAGACCCAAAAACUCCCCCGCAUUAAAAUCUCCCGAUUUCCGGAUAAGCUGAAAAAGCGCAAAUGGAUCGCCGACGAGAUCUUGGGAUUUAGGAGUCGUGUCAAGGAAGCAAUUCAACAGCACAUAAGCUAUCUUGGUGACUGCAAGUGGCGUCCUAGCAGCAGCAGCAGUCAGCUGGGUGAAUGGAAGAACCCUUCAACACCAUGUAGCAUUCGCCUUGUUGGCGUGGAGAGUUCCAUCAAACAGCUUUGCGGCUGGCUGGCAAAUGAGGGCCAGCCAGAGCACAAGGUGGUGUCCAUUGUUGGAACUGGUGGGGUUGGUAAGACUACCCUCGCCAAAGAAGUGUACCGUAAGCUUGGGGGUCAAUUCGAGUGCCGGGCUUUCGUGCAGACAUCGCGAAAACCAGACAUGAAGGGGCUCCUUACCAGCAUACUCUCUCAAGUUUGGCGGCACCAGCUCCCCGAUUCUUGUGAGGUGCAUAAAGUGGUCUUAAAGAUCAACGAACACCUGCAAGAUAAAACGUACAUAAUUGUAAUUGAUGGUCUGUGGGCAUCAUCAACUUGGGAUAUUAUUAAUUAUGCUUUGCCAAAGGGAAACUAUUGCAGUAGAAUAUUAACAACGACCGAAGUUGACGCUAUAGCCCAGACAUGUUAUGCAGAUACCUCCAAAUAUAUGUCUUCAAAGAAAGAAGGUAACUCCAAGUAUAUAUUCAAGAAGGAACCGCUUAAUGAAGAUGAGUCGAGAGAACUUCUAUUAAGUACAGUUUUUGGCCUUCAAGCUGAAUGUCCUCAGGGCCUAAAGGAAGUUUCAAAUGAAAUUAUAAAAAGAAGUGGUGGCUUGCCGCUAGCAAUUAAUAUAUUGGCCAGUCUCUUGGCACGCCAGCCAGCCAGCAGCCUGGAGCACUGGAAUUACAUAAAGAAUUCACUGAGUUCCGGUUUGGCUGCAAACAAUAGUUUGGAAGUGAUAAACCAAGUUCUCAACGUUGGCUACGACAAUCUUCCCCACGGCUUGAAAGCAUGCAUGUUAUAUCUGUGUAUGUAUGAAGAGGACCGUGUAAUCCUGAAGGUUGAUUUGGUGAAGCAGUGGAUGGCUGAAGGUUUCAUCUGCGCUGUGGAAGGGGACGAUGUGAAGGAGGUUGCACGAAGAUAUUUUGAUGAGCUUGUUAGAAGGGGAAUGAUCCAGCCUGUGGAUGUCAACUGCAAUGAUGAAAUUCUAUCAUGUAAAGUGCACCACAUAAUACUUCGCUUUAUUCGAUAUAAGUCCAUAGAAGAAAAUUUCAUCAUUGCAGUAGAUCAUUCUCAGACUUCUAUAAGACUUGCUGACAAGGUUCGUCGGCUCACCCUCCACUUUGGCAAUGUUGAAGAUGCUACACCGCCAGCGCUGGCGAGUAUGCAACUAUCAAAAGUUCGAUCACUUGCCUUUUCUGGAUUUCUCAAGUGCAUGCCUUCGAUUGUUGAGUUCCGGUUUCUUCAGGUUCUGGUCCUUAAAUUAUGGGCUGAUCGUGAUAAUAGGAGUGACAACCUUAUUGGAUCUGAUGACCUGAGUGGCAGCAUCACUGAUCCUGAUGACUUGACUGACAACCCCACUGAACCUGAUGACGUCAGUUAUAACCUUACUGAAAUUUCGGAACUGUUCCGACUGAGAUACUUUCGUCUUGAUGCACGUCAUUUGAGUGUGGAGCUUCCAACCCAGAUGCAACGGCUGAAAGAUUUGGUGGCAUGGGAAAUUGAUGCCGAAGUAACAUCAGUUCCAUCAGAUAUUGUUGAUUUGCCAGGAUUGUUCUACCUCAGUAUUCCUAGCGAGGUUCAUCUGCCCAGUAGUAUUGGCCGCAUGACAUCUCUUCGCACUCUGGGAAUAAUCGAUCUGGGCAAGAACAUAACAGAAGAUUUUAUGAGCCUUGGUGAGCUGACUAAUCUCCAGGAUCUUCGUCUAACAUGUUCCACGUUGCAGCCUGAUAACCUGGAAAAAAACUUGGAAUGCCUGGGCUUGCUAAUUAGGAAACUAAGCAAUCUCAAAUGUCUAACUCUGGUACCUGCAGUCUCCUCUCGUAUGUAUAUUCAGAAUCAUGAUGGUGCUUCAAUCAUGAGCAUCUCCUGGCAUGGCUUCACCAUCGAGCGCCAUUCUCCAGCUCAUCUUCAGAGACUAGAGUUGUCGUGGCACUGCUGCUUAUUUUUCCGCCUACCUGAGUGGACAAACGAGCUUACCAAGCUUUGCGUUUUAAAGAUCGCACUUAGGAAGAUGUCAAGUGAAGAUUUUGCUAUUCUUAAAGCAUUGCCUUCCCUCACCGCUCUCUCGUUGUUUCUCUUGAUUUCCCCUGCGAGAAGGAUCAUGUUUGACAGUGAGGGGUUCCUGGUUCUCAAGUACUUUAAGUUUGUGUGUGCUGCACCAUGCCUGGGUUUUUUGGAUGGAGCAAUGCCCAAACUCCAAAAUCUGAAGUUAGGUUUCAAUGCUAGCAGAAUGAAGCAAUAUAGCUUGAUAAGUGCUGGGUUCGAGAGUCUGACUGGCCUCAACGAGAUCUCCACAAAAAUUGGGGGUGCCGGUGUUGAUGAAUGUGACAGAAGGCCUGUACAGUCUGUGUUGAUUGACACUGUUAGCAAGCAUCCUAGCACCCCCAUCAUGAGUGUGCAAUGGGUGGAUUGGAACUUUUGUGGUGAUGACGAGAAGUAUGUAGAGGAUCAAAAAGAAAUAUGGAAGCAGACUCCUGAAAAACAAGGCGUGACCGCUGGGGAAAGCUCAGAUGAAUAUGGAAUUAAAGGAAAGAACUUGGAGGAAGAUGCCAAGAAACAAUCUGAUAUAAGGACUUGUGUGAUAGUGGAAUCCACCUCGUAUCUGCAGAAUACAGGUAAUCUUUCUUUCUCUGUCAUUUGGCUGUUCCUCCCGUCAACCCAGUCUGUUGCGAAUUUUUUUGACUGCCACUUGUUUUUGUUAGUCCAUGACGUUCGGGAGGAGUACGAGCAUGACUCUCGGAAGGGGGCUGGCCCUGCUGACGGCAAGCUGGGCGACGGGAAGGAUGCAUCAUCAGUUGAGGAGGCAAUGUGGGUGGUGGAGCAGUGGGACUUGCCGGCCACAAGGGACAGGCUUGUGUUCGAGUCACCGGAGAACGCCAAUGAGUACCUCACCGCGGUUGCUUGCCUCACGAGCGUGGCUGGGGCAGGCGUGGAGGCAUGGCUGCAGAUCGCGAUGGCACGGCUUGAGGAGGAGUUCCGCCAGCUGUUGAUCCGUGGGACGACGUCGCCCACUGCAGAGAAUCUGCACACGUCCGCCUUUCCCGGGUUCUCGCCUACCAUAUCUACCUUCAGUUCCACCUCCUCCAUCGACGAUUUCGGUGAGCUAGACGAGCCUGUUGGUUGGGACACAUGGAGCUCGGUCUCCGACGGUGAAAUCUCAUCUUACUUCAUUUCCCCAGAAACCAUCAGCACCUUCAAAGACAUCGCAGACGUCAUGCAUAGCUUGCCAUACCUCAAUUUUCCGUACAUCGUUAGCAUGCUCAAGGACAUCGCGGAUGUUAUGCUGCAUGCUGGCCAUGCGCUGAAGCUUUGCCAGGUCUAUGGCGAGGUGCGCCAGGAAAAGCUUAUAGAGUGCGUCACCGUUCUUGGGGUUGACAAGAGGAGCCUGGAGGAGGUGCAGCGUAUGGAAUGGGUCACCCUCAAGGACAAGAAGUACAAAUGGAUUCGGGCACUCAAGGUGGUUGUCCAGGGACUUCUAGCCGAGGAGCGCCGCUUCUGUAGCCAGAUUUUCACGGCUGAUGCUGACAUAAAGGAAGUGUGCUUUACUAAGGCAGGCAAGAGCUGUGUCCUGCAGCUGCUUAGCUUUGCUAAUAACAUUGCAGUUGGGAAGAGAUCGGCCGAGAAGCUGUUCAGUAUCCUUGAUAUGUAUGAGGCACUAGCUGAGUUGCUGCCAGAGCUCGUGGUCUUGUUCUCAGGCGAAGCAAGGGAUUUUAUCAAGGAAGUAGCAGAGCGGACCCUUGAGAGUCUAGGGGAUGCAGUGCUUGGCACACUUGCUGAGUUAGCCAAUGCGAUACGUGGGCAUACUGAUAGUAGAUCACUGCCAGACGGCGGUAUCCACCAGUUGACACGAUAUGUCAUGAUCUAUUUAGUACGAUUGGUUGCAGACUACAGCCGCUGGUUGCAUCAUCUUCUUGAUGGCCAUGAGACUGAUCAGCUGGAAAAUACGGGUAUGACUCCUUUGGGACACAUGAUGAUGAUGCUGAUUACACAUCUGUGGGACAAGAUUGAGGACAAAUCGGAGCUGUAUGAUGAUGAGGCGCUACAGAACAUCUUUUUGAUGAACAAUCUGUACUACAUUAUGCAGAAGGUGAAUGAUUCAGAACUAAAGAGUCUGCUUGGGAAUAAUUUGAUCUGUAUACGCCCUGGUCAGUUAACAGUGUACUCCGAAAGGUACUUCCAGUCCUCAUGGAUAAGGGCAAUAACUUGUCUGACAGAUGAUGGUUUGCCACAUACAACAGGAUCUUUGAGUGCAAUCAAAGGUGCACUGCAAGAACGGUUCAAAAGUUUCAACCUGAUCUAUGAGGAGAUAUGCAGGACGCAGACAACAUGGAGUGUUGUGGAUCCUCAGCUAAGAGAGGAAUUGCGAAUUUCCGUCACAGAGAAGCUCAUUCCAGCAUACCGUUUGUUUGUUGAAAGGUACCGAGGUCAGCUGGGGUCAAGGAAUUUCGGUAAAUAUGUAAAGUACAGUCCCCAGGAUUUGGAGCGACAAAUGUUAGAUUUAUUCGAAGGGUAAAGCUCGACUGAUUGAUCAUUAUGUAUACGGUCCGAAGGGUGUUUGUAUCAAUGUUAGUGGUGGUUACAACUUACAACUCUGUACCAAGAUUUUAAUUUUUACUCUUUUCUGCCUGACAUAGAUAAGCAUCACUUUAUCUGGUGAUGUGUAGGCACGUAGUGCUGAGUAAAUGCUAAAUGUGAUAUCUUCUGUCACAUUGCCACCAUCCUUGUGAAGCUAGCUUUGUGUGCAUAUUAAGUAAUCCACAACCUGAUUGCCUAUCAA